UUCCGAUGGCAGGCGGGCCUGGGGGCGCGCGGCGGCAGCGGCUUCCGGCCGGAGCCCUGAGGCGUUGGACCCACCAUGGCGCGGAAGAAGGUGCGUCCGCGGCUGAUCGCGGAGCUGGCACGCCGCGUGCGCGCCCUGCGGGAGCAGCAAAACCGACCGCGCGACUCGCAGCUCUACGCCUUGGACUACGAGUCCCUGACGCGGCCGUUCUCCGGUCGGCGGCUGCCGGUCCGGGCCUGGGUCGACGUGCGCCGCGAGAGCCGCCUCCUGCAGCUGCUCAACCGCCUCCCGCUCUUCGGCCUGGGCCGCCUGGUCACGCGCAAGUCCUGGCUGUGGCAGCACGACGAGCCGUGCUACUGGCGCCUUACGCGGGUGCAGCCUGACCACACGGCGCAGGUGCGUGCACCACGACCGCACCCCUCUCCUGCAGCCGCCUGGUCUCCCCUCCCGGGCGGGCUCGCGGAGCGGCCCCGCCUCCCCUCCUUUCUGCAGAAUUUGGACCACGGGAGGGCCUGGGGCAUCCUGACCUUCAAAGGCAAGACGGAGAGCGAAGCGCGGGAGAUCGAACACGUCAUGUACCAUGACUGGCGGCUGGUGCCCAAGCACGAGGAGGAGGCCUUCACCGCGUUCACGCCGGCGCCCGAGGACAGCGUGCCCUCCGUGCCGUACCCCCCGCUCCUCCGGGCUAUGAUUCUCGCAGAAAGACAGAAAAAUGGAGACACAAGCACCGAGGAGCCCAUGCUGAAUAUGCAGAGGAUACGCGUAAAACCCUGGGACUACCCUGCAAAACAGGAGACCAAAGGAAGGGCCAAGGGCACCCCGGUCUAGAACACCAGAACCAGUGGGUGGCCUGAGGGGCUGUGAGGCCGCGGGGACCUUGCUGAUGAAAGAAACCAUCCUUGGGUUACACCUGAGUCCGCCUCUCGGAGUUGGGAGUUCCCCCUCCGUGACGUGUUCUGACGGUCUGCAUCGUAGUGGAGAGGGCUGGGGCAAAUCGCCAACUGUCUUUCCUCUGGCCCUUCCGCCCCGACACCCAACUCGGAGGGCACGCUGGGGAAAGCGGGAGGUGCUGGCCCCCUUCCCCCAUUGGAGUAGAAACUAUGAAAGAGAAUAAAGGGGGAAAGAA